AUGUCCCGCAGAUUUCUUCAAUUAACCAAACAUUUAAAUAAAUUCCACAUUGGAGGAGCCAACAAACUUGCCACGCAUACCUCGUCAUUGUCGUCACCAAAGUACCAUCAAAAUACCAGUAUAAAUUCCAUACCCAUUGUCCGCUAUGAAGAAAUUAAACAAUUGCCGAAAUAUCCCAAUAAAUUGUUGAUAGAUGUCCGUGAACCGCAAGAAUUGCAGGAAAGUGGUAAAAUUCCUACAGCCAUUAAUAUACCAUUGGAUCAGGUGAUUACAGCAUUGGCGGAUAAUGUUGAUGCGAAGGUAUUCAGAGCGAAAUAUGGUCGUGAUUUCCCCGCUAAAGAUAUGGAAGUGAUAUUCCAUUGUCGUAGUGGCAAGAGGUCGCAAGCGGCAGCAGAAAUAGCCCAAAAGCUAGGCUAUACAAAUGUGAAAAAUUAUGUGGGUUCAUGGUUGGAAUGGGCUGACAAAGAGGGUCUACCUAAAUGA